UACCCUUCACCACAAACGGUGCCCAGGUGGACAAUAGUACCAAAUAUACUAAAUUGAUGAGUUGGCAGAUUUAGUACCUACCAUUGUCGACCCUAUGAUCAUGACAAGCUCAAAUAAGGAAUUGUUGGACUAGUCUGGCAUAUUAAUUAGUUAUAUUCUCUUCAUUGGCUGUUACAGGACGGCGUUGGGCGGCGCAGUUCCUCCGAAACCGCCUUCCUCGAGUUGAAAAGUUCCUCUCCUGCUCAACUUUCUAGUUCUAUACCUACCUACCUACCUAUCUACUAAAUUCAACGUAUAUAUUUCUUGCACCCGCCAGGCCUAACCUCAUGGCAUCCAAAAAUAAUACGACACAAAUAUAUGAUCAGUCCCUACCUACCAAUUCAUAUUUAUAACAACGAAACGCAACUGUCCGUGUGAUAAAACCAGGCAAGACAGUUUCCAGAAUUGCUUCCUUUUUGUUUAACCCCUCCCCCAAUUACCUACCUAACCAAGCCAUCUUUACAAUCUACUUUUAAGGAGUUCCUACCUAGGUACCCAUUUGAGCACCAGCACGCCCCCUCACCAAGUAUUCCAUAGAUCAUAUAUCUAUAACAUCUGCGAUGACUACUGAAGACUUCAACAUCUGGGCUGCUUCUCAAAAGAAACUUCCGCGACCUCCUACAGACAAGGAAUUAGCUGCCUUCCGAGAGUUCUUAGAUGCACCGCCAAGUGAUGUAUGGAGACACGCGAAGAGAAUUGGUGCGUUUUAUAUCAAACCAUUCGCACAUUCUCGCGUAGAUAUCUUUUGGUUUGUCCUUGGAGAUGCGGUCAACAAUCUUACUUCCCAGAAUGAUAAGCUAGCUGGUCUUGUUCUUAAGUUGCAAUGCCUUCCAGAUGGGAAAGGUGUGCUGGGACCCGAGCCUUGGUGGAGCGACCUACCUUACUUCAACAACUUCUGGAGCGAGUGGAUGCAAUUCCAAUUUGACGAUCUUCCAAUGUCUAGCCGAGACUUCGAGAUAAAUCGCCAGGCUAACAUAAACCGCAAUGCUUUCUUGGCUAAAAUAACGGCAAACAUGGGUAAGGUGAUGGUCCUUGACCAGCGCCAACGUGGCGGCCACACACUAAAGCAAGCUUUGGAACGUACUCCAAUCUCAGAGGCGGCUAUACUUGCCACAGAGCCAUGGAUCACGUACUGUGCCGAUACUAUAUAUGAUAGAUCUCUACAGGGAGGACUAAUGAGCUAUGAACAUCCUCACAACGGCACAAAUUGGGGAGUCCAGAAGGGUUGGAGUAAGGCCCGUUGGCAAUACUGGAAGAAAAGAUUUCAGGAGAUAUCCACAGCGAAGUUGAGUGAGGAAGUCCGAAGGUUAGCGAAAGGCUGCGCCGAGAGGAUGGAUACAGUGGAAAAGGCGAAAGGUUGAUCACCUUGCAAUACUCCACAUAGCAGA